UAGUUGUCAGUUUGAAUCUAUACGGUUUCCCUUCAAAAUCUGUUGGAUUUUCCUGACAAUUUCUCCGCUGCCAUACAAUGACAGAUAUCGAAAUCGAUCAGUUUAGUUUCGAUUCGAAUUCUGUCAGUUUUUCUUGCGACGGGCCAUCAUUUGAAAAACGAUCGGUUAUUUUUCGUGUCUGUCGCACGCCGCGUUUUCGUUGCCGGUCAAAAUUUCACGCCUGUUAUCAAAUUAAGUGGCUGGCCUUUCAAGCUUUUUACAGUCUGCUUCAUGCCUAGCGCAUUCAAUAUGCUGAAACAAGGUGGUGGAGGAAAAGCUGGGGGAGCUUCGACCACAAUUUCAUGGGACCAUUUCUUCAAUUGACUGUUCCGCUACAAUCAGAAUCUGAGACAGGAGCAAAACUCCGGCAGUGAAACAGUUUACCGCUACAGAGAGCCCUCAGCAGAAACAUCAAUCAGGAAAUUGCCAUCAUCGACGCAGCUUACUCCCUCUUCGACACCUUCACAUCAUUCCCCGGACGUUAGAGAUAACAGGAUGCAAAUCCUGCAAAAAAGUUCGGUGUUGCAAAACAUCGUGUUUUUCUAUCACCCUCCGCCAAAAAGUGUUAUACGAUACAAAUUUUGCAGCGCGAAACUGUUCGAAUAUCAGAUUUUCCCAACACCGGUGGACGGCAAAUGUGUUGUGAUGUGAUGUAAACCUUCGAAAUUUCCAACUCCAUCUCAACCAGUGAACUUGCUCUUAGGCUUUAAUUCUUUAAAAGUUUCAAACUGAGUUUUGAGUUAAAUUUCUGACCGUGCAGCUACACGAAAAAUUUUGCCGCACCCCAUUUCUCGUUCGUAAAAUUUUGUAUUUAAAGCAGGACGUGCGAACUGUCACCACAAAAGGGAGCUACGUCAUCGUGAUUCGACCCAUGCUUUGCUUCAUCAUAUCAUAUGUCAUGGAAGCAUAAAAAAAUUAUGUUGCGGUGAUGUGUAGUUUUAGAUGGUUUUUAUUAUUAUGGACGAGAAUAGUUAUAAGUUAAAGCUAAAUCAUAGCGAACAGCUAUUGAAUGAAGCCUUCGCUAAGUACUCUGAAAAGGAAAUAUUUUUAUCCUUCAAUGGAGGCAAAGACUGCACAGUUCUGUUGGAUAUGGUCAUGAAAUGUGUGCCGAAAUUAAUAAACAACAGCACCAAUCUCAAAAUAAUCUACGUUCAACCAAAUCAACCAUUUGAAGAAGUAGAACAAUUCGUUGAGCAAUGUAUCAUUUUCUACGGCGUAAAAAUACAAAUAAUGAAAGGUGGGAUCCGAACAGUUUUGGAAAAACUUUGCAGAGAAGACCCAUCAGUAAAAGCAUGCCUUAUGGGAUCACGUAGAACUGAUCCAUACUGCGCUGAAUUAGAAUUUAUGCAGGAAACCGAUUCAGGUUGGCCUAAACUAAUGCGUAUUAAUCCGCUGUUGGACUGGAAGUGUGCAGACGUUUGGCAUUACAUAAGAAAUAAUAAUGUUCCGUACUGCAAAUUAUACACAUCUAUAGGGGAUAAGAGUAAUACCGUUCCAAAUCCACAUUUAAAAAGAGAAGGAAGCACGGGAGGACUUACAUAUUUACCAGCUUACCUGCUAGAAAAUGCCGAUGAAUAUGAAAGAUGUGGUAGAACAUAGGUUCUGCCUACGCUAUACAGACUGGUGCUCUUUAAACAUGUUUCUGUCUUUAAAUUCCUUUUUUAUGUAGAGCGUUAUUAUUGUAGUCUUUUUUGUAUACUUUUUUUAAAUUAAUUCAACGAAUAAACUUUUUUUUCAAAA